AUGGAGGGUAAGAUGGAAGCAUUUAUUGAACUAAGUCAGGUCUUCGACUACGUUUUCACCCGCGAUACUCUUGAAGUCCAAAUGUGGUGGAUCCUCAAGCGGUACAAGCUCUUCAAGCGCAUGUCAUUAGCUAGACAGAGCCAAUACCUGACCCAACUCAUCGAAUGGCGCAAUAACAUUGGAAAGCAUGACGGUUUGUACCUAGCGUAUUUUCUCCCAGGAGUACAUAUUUUCGACCAUGUUACCUCUGAAGACCAGUCUUCUGCGAAUACUGGAAAGAACUGGUUCGUUUGGUGGUAUUCCUCGAGGAGAUAUGGCCUUUUACGAGUUGACUGUAACAAAAUACAAAGAAUUCUAGACGAGGACCGGAUGCUUCUAGAUAAAUUAAGGCCCCGUGAGAUAGAAGCACAAAUACUGCCAUAA